CGCGUCCUCUUCGUUCGGCAGAAUCUGCAAUCCAGUCGCUGCCGUUGAUAUCCCUCCUAAGGAUGGACAAAGCAAUUGAGUACAAGCGCAACCACAGGUUCCAGAACUGGGCAGGAACUUUCGUCUGUACCGCCGAACGCUUCUACCAACCGCAUACACUCGACGAAUUGAAAUCAAUCCUCGCCGAUGCCCGCGCACAUAAGAAACAGCUCCGUGUAGUUGGGUGCGGACACUCGCCUUCUGAUAUCGCAAUGACGACGGAUUGGAUGGUUAACCUGGAUUACUUGAACAAUGUUAUCGAGGUCAACCAUGAGAAGCAUGAGGUUACCGUUGAGGCUGGAAUGCGGUUGUUCAGACUACACGAGAUUCUGGAUAAGGAGGGAUGGGCAAUGCCGAAUAUUGGGUCGAUUUCUGAUCAGAGUGUUGCGGGUGCGAUCGCGACUGCGACGCAUGGGAGUAGUUUGAAGCACAAAUUGAUCAGUGAUCAAGUUCGGGAACUGACAAUCUUGUUGGCGGAUGGAACAGAGCGGACAUGUUCGGAGGAGAGUGAUCCAGAGUUGUUCAAAGCUGCUUGUGUUUCCCUUGGAGCGCUGGGAAUUAUCAUCCGGGUUAAGAUGCACGUCGUCCCGGCCUUUGACUUGGAGAUGACGAGUACGGUGAUGGAUUUUGAUAAAGUCAUCGAUUUAUGGAAUUCCGAUAAGUUGUGGAACUCCGCAGAGUACGUCCGAGUAUGGUGGUUCCCCUACUCCAGCAGAUGUAUCGUCGCCCGUCAAGACCGCAUACAAUCGAACUCAAAACCACGAACAGCGACAUCCGUAUGGUCAUGGCUAGCAGAUUCCUUCUGGGGGUACCACGCUCAACAAAUCUUCCACUACAUCGGCCGGAUCUUCCCAUCCUGGCUCCCCUCCUUCGAGCGCUUCGUCUUCUCCCGCCGAUAUGGCUGGGCAUUGGGUUUGGAGAGCCACCGUGUGGAUAACAGUUACGAUGGAAUGAACAUGGACUGUCUCUACGCCCAAUACGUCGACGAGUGGUCCCUCCCCGUCCCCACUGGUGCCGAAGCCACCAUCCGUCUCCGCAACUGGCUCAUCAACCAUGACACCUCCCCCACGACCGGUAUCCCCGACCACGAUCCCCGCGGAAUCUUCAUCCACUCCCCCAUCGAGAUUCGCGUAACGAAGGGCGACGAGGAUGAUGCGUAUUUGAGUACGGCGUAUGGGCACGAUACAGUUUAUAUCGGUGUUAUCAUGUAUCGACCAUACCACCUCCCAACCUCCUACCACCGCUACUUCUCAGCAUACGAAGGCCUCAUCCACUCCCUCGGUGGCCGUCCACACUGGGCCAAACAGCACGGAAUGGGCCGAAAAGAAUUGGAGGACAAAUAUCCGGAAUUAGGGACGUGGUUGAGUGUGAGGGAACGAGUUGAUCCGGAGGGCGUAUUUUUGGGGGAGUAUGUGAGGAGGCAUUUGGUCGAGGAGAAGGAUGUGAGGGGGGUUAGCGUUGCGAAUGGGGAGGCGGGGAGGAUGUAUAAGGUGGUUAAUCGGGUUGGGGAUGAGGAGUGAUGGGUGUCUCGCGAUUGGGGCGUUACGGGAGGAAUGUUGGAUGGGAUAGAGUCGCUUUUCUUUCGUGGCAUAGGCGUAUUGGGAUUGGCGCUUUCGGUUGGUUCAGGUUUAUGUUAUGUUCUAAUACGAU